GCCUCUGAGGUCUUUUGCGACCUAAGUACACAUUGUACACCGGAGCCCUCGGAGUCUUUGAUCAGACACAUAUUACACAUUCUUUCGGCGUAUCUUAUGCUCAUCCUAGCUGGUUAAGGACAUCUGUCUACCAUUUCCAACCGCCCCCACGAUACGCCUUACUGCACCUGACCGCAUACCGCAGAUAGCUCUUUCAUCUAUUCUCUACAAGGUCGAUAUACGAUUUCUCGCUGUUUCCGUGGAUCCACUGUGCUUGUGUUUGUCCUUUUCAUAUGAAGCAUUCUAAACAGAAGAAUCCGAGCUUAAUGUGCGAGUCUGUUGUUACCGAACUUCGAGAUCUUUAUAUGAAAAGGCUGCUCCCUCUCGAAGAAAAGUUUCUUUUCUCGAAAUUCCAUUCACCACCUCUGGACGCAGGCGAUUUUACCUCUAAGCCCAUGAUUUUACUACUGGGCCAAUAUUCCACAGGAAAAACGACCUUCAUUAAAUAUUUGUUGGGUUCCUCGUUUCCGGGAAUGCACAUUGGCCCUGAGCCAACUACGGAUAAGUUUUGUGUUGUUAUGGAUGGUGAUCAAGGCAUCAUACCGGGAAACGCAUUAGUCGUCGAUGCUUCUAAACCUUUUCGACCUUUAAGUCGAUUUGGGAACAAUUUCUUGAACAGGUUCCAGUGUUGUACUCUCAAAAAUCCCGUACUCGACAGCGUCAUCAUUGUGGAUACACCCGGCAUCCUCAGCGGCGAAAAGCAACGUCUUGAUCGUGGUUAUGAUUUCACUGCUGUUGUCCACUGGUUUGCUGAAGUCGUAGACCGCAUCAUACUACUUUUUGACGCGCACAAGUUGGAUAUAUCGGAUGAAUUUCGGCGAGUUAUUGAGUCAUUAAGAGACUAUGAUGAUAAAAUCCGCAUCGUUUUAAACAAAGCGGAUAUGAUUGACUCGCAGCAACUUAUGCGUGUGUAUGGAGCACUGAUGUGGGGUUUGGGCAAGGUCCUAGGCACCCCAGAAGUUGUCCGAGUACACAUAGGCUCUUUCUGGGACGAGCCUUUACACUAUGAUGCUAACAGGAAGCUAUUUGAGCUAGAGGCGCAGGAUCUCUUUAAGGAUUUACAGACUCUACCUGCUAACUCAGCGAUGCGCAAGUUGAAUGAUUUUAUUCGAAGAGAACGUCUGGCAAAGGUACAUUCCUACAUCAUUAGUUACCUGGCCAAAGAGAUGCCAAGCUUCAUUGGAAAAUCACGGAAGAAGCAUGAAUUGAUCGAGAACCUGGAUCAGAUCUAUGGCAUGAUAUCGCGCCAACAUCACAUCCCUUUGGGUGAUUUCCCGGAUAUCAAUCGCAUGCGCGCUUCCCUGAAUGAUAUGGAUUUCACGAAAUUCAACGUCUUGCGGCCAAAAAUGCUGGAAAGCGUGGAUUCAGUGCUUUCAGAUGAAAUUCCAAAGUUAAUGCAAAAGAUACCGGUUGAACAAGUUGAGUGCCUACGAGAAGGUCGUGGGGUCGUGAAGGGCGGGGCUUUCGACGGAAACACCGGAACUGGCCCGUUCACCGUGGACGCGAAUCUUGGUAUCAAUCUUGGUCGCUACGACCGCGACUGGGUUGUAGAACGAUUUCGAGAUGCCUGGGACAAGACAUUCAUAUCGCUGAAACCGGAUAACGGUCUUCUCACGGGUGAGGCUGUGAAAAAGCAUCUGCUUGCUUCCCAAUUGCCAAACAUUGUACUCCGCCAGAUUUGGCAGUUGUCCGAUGUGGACCACGAUGGCUGCUUAGACGCCGAUGAAUUUUGUUUGGCCAACUAUCUGAUCAAACUCAAAUUGGAUGGUAACGAACUUCCUUCCGUGCUACCUGCUCAUUUAGUUCCUCCGUCGAAACGUGCCACUCUUGCCAACGGUGUCGGCAAAUAAUGCGAACACCAAACUGCUCGGAAAGAUUUGGUGGAUGUUCCGCCGGUCCAUCUCAGUAUUUGUCUGUGUUUCAUCUGUCAGCCUUUGGACUUAACUGCAAUCCACUCUAAUCGUAUAGAGAAGGCGAUCUCAUUACAUUUAUCUUCUCACCAUGCCACAUGCUGUGUCCCGCUAAUUUAUGUUUUGGUACCCUGACACUUUGUGCUAAAUGACCGUAUUUCAUUCCCAAACGUCACCACGCCUUUGACUCUAAGAGACAGACCAUAUCACACUAUUGCUUUGGACGCCCAUUUUUCUUCGCUGUGAUGAUGUUUAUAUGCCUCUGUCUUAUUUUUGAUUUUUCUACGGAUGAGUUUUCUCAAGAGCGUAUUGUGCUUUGAUUUUUAUUACCUUUGACUUACGCUGUCUUUUCUGCAUUGUGUUUGCACGGUUUUGUCAUUAUAAGUGGAUUUGGAAA